CCCCAUCCGGCCCAAAGCUGUGUUUGCCACGCCAGCUGUUGACACCCCAAGCAGAGGGGCUGGUGAUCUCCAGCCCGUGUCCCUUCCCGGAAUCCACAGAAGCCACCAGACUGGACGCCAAGGCGGCCGCCAUGGCCAGCCAGUCCCAGGGCAUCCACCAGCUGCUCCAGGCAGAGAAGCGGGCCAAGGACAAGCUGGAGGAGGCCAAGAAGAGAAAGGCAAAGCGCAUCCGGCAGGCGAAGGAGGAGGCCAUGGUGGAGGCGGACCAGUACCGGAUGCAGAGGGACAAGGCGUUCCGCGUGAAGGAGGCCAAGGCCAUGGGCUCGCAGAGCAACCUGGCGGAGGAGAUGGAGGCGCAGGCGCUGGAGAGGAUCGCGGAGCUGACGGGGAGCUACCGCCGCGGCGCGGAGGGCGUGCUGGCGCGGGUCCUGGGCAUGGUCUGCGACGUGAAGCCACAGGUGCACCUGAACUUCAGAGCCUCCGACUGACGCCGGGGCGCGGGGUCCCACACAGCCGUCUGGCGGGUCACCUGCCUGCUCGUGGCUUCCCGUUUUGUGGGUUUUUAAUAAAGAUGUUUUACUGA